GAUCAUAUGAUAUUUAAAUGUAGGUACAUAUAAAAGGCAUAUUUUGUUUUUCAAAUUUGAUAAAAAAAACAAUAAUUAGGCUGUUACGAUUAUCAACAAGUUGAUACAACUUUCGGAAUCUUUGGCAAUAUACACAUGUAUUCAUGUGUCAAUAUAAAACAUAAAAAAUGGCGGCUUUCGUAAAAGCAAUGACAUACUAUGGGAUUUUAAGACCAAUUUCGAAAAGAUACAUUAGUUCUAAUGUAUCAACAAUUGUAACAAGACAUGCAUCAACAGUUACGCAAAACGAUGAAAAUUACGAUAUCAUUAUAACCGGCGGUGGCAUGGUUGGAACUACACUUGCAUGUGCAAUAGCUACCAACAGAAGACUUGAAAAUAAGAGCAUCCUUUUACUGGAAGGUGGUAAACAACGCGUUUAUAAACCACAGGAACAAUAUUCUAAUCGUGUUGUUGCUUUAAAUCAACAGACACGUACAUUGCUUUCAAGUAUUGGAGCUUGGCAGCAUAUAGAAGCAAUAAGAUGUUGUGCUGUACGAAAGAUGCAGGUUUGGGAUGCCUGUUCCGAUGCUAUGGUUGAAUUCAAUGAAGAUCAUUUAUCAGAAGAAAUUGCUUAUAUAGUUGAAAAUGAUUUAUUACUACACGCUGUAAACACCCAAUUGAUGGAUAAGGAUGCUGUAAGCGUAGUAUAUGAUUCUAAAGUUGAAAAUAUUAAAUUACCAAAACUGGAAGGAGAAGAUGCAGAAAUACAGUUACAAAAUGGAAAAAAGUACAGGACUAAAUUAUUGAUUGGAGCAGAUGGUUCAAAUUCAUUGGUAAGACAAUCUAUGGGUGUUCAAUAUGUGAAAUGGGAUUACAAUCAAUUGGGUGUAGUUGCUACUCUUAAAUUAUCAGAGCCUACAGACAACAUUGUUGCAUGGCAAAGAUUUCUACCAACAGGUCCAAUAGCAUUACUUCCAUUAACAGAUUCUCUUAGUUCACUUGUAUGGUCCUUACCAACAGAUGAAGCAAAGAGACUUUUAAAAGUUUCAGAAGAAGAAUUUGUUGAUAAUGUAAACGAUGCUUUAUGGAAAAUUUAUCCAAAAGAUGGUAUUGUUGAAAGUGGUAUGCGAGCACUUCAACAGUUACUCGAAGGUUUAUCCUUACAAACCGGCGUAGUGAGACAGCUACAACCAUCGAUAUCCGCAAUUACAGAGGGAUCACGUGCUGCCUUUCCUUUACAAUUCGGUCAUUCGGUGUCUUAUGUUCAACCAGGAACUGUUUUAGUGGGGGAUGCAGCGCAUAGAAUCCAUCCAUUAGCUGGUCAAGGUGUAAAUUUAGGUUUUGGAGAUGUGACAGUAUUAGUCCAACUACUUGCAGAAGCUGUUAUGAAUGGAGCAGUUUUGGGUGACAUGAUGUAUUUAAGGAAAUACGAAACUUGUAGACAACGAUAUAAUGUUCCAACAAUGCUUGCUAUUGACGCGUUACAUCGGUUGUACAAAGGAACAGCGGCUCCUAUUGUUUUAGUUCGAAGUUUAGGAUUACAAUUGACGAAUGCCAUUCCGAUGAUAAAGAGAACUUUGAUAGAACAUGCAUCUGGUACAACAGUUAAUCGAUGAUAUUAUUACAAUUCACAUCAAAAUAUUUAUGUGUGUAAUAAUACAAUAUAGUUAUUAUUUUUGUAAUAAA